CCGGAAUGCACCCUCCGGUCGAGCAACUGACUGAACUGCUCGCGAGGCAUGCAGCAGCAGCCCCUUCCGGCAGGGCUUCGCAAAACCCUUCAAAAGGAGUGCGCCAUCAAGCAGCUUUCCACAUUUCGCAAACGCAAUUUUACAAGCCCUGUCCCAUUUGCCAAUUCCCGCACCAGCACACUCACCAAUUUUAGGUCGCUUCUCACAAACAGCAACCAUGUCGAUGAGCCAGGAAGCCCAGGAGAACGUGGUCAGGGGAGGAAUCAAGGGAGGAACCACCAAGGGUGACGGCUCCCAGAGCGAGCCCAGCCAGGAGCAGGUGCACGGGCUAUCUCAGGACGCUCAGGAGAGGAUCAGGGAGGGAGGAAGGAAGGGUGGUCAGGCUCGCGCUGAGCAGUUGGGACGUGAGGGUUACCAGGAGAUGGGCAGGAAGGGUGGUCUUGCCACCAAGGAUAAGUCGGGCGGUGAAGCUGCCGCUGAGAAGGGCAUUAAUCUCGACGAGUCAAAGUUCACAAACAACUAGAUGAUAGUAUGAUGUUGUCAGUGAACGGUUAGGUAAGAGUAGAGAUUUGUACGAUAUGUAAUGGUCAAACUUGUACUAUGAUGCUACAGUCGAAUUGACUGUCAAAACUGUUGAGUAUCGGGGGACAAUUUUGCGGCAAUGAAAUAAAAUAUUUUUUCUGUCCACAUA